AUGGAUGGACGAUGGAUGGAGCUCUGUUUUCUGCUGCAACACAUCAUCGUUUUGUUUCUACUUGCGUCUUCGUUCCUCGUUCGUAAUGAAUUCCGAAAUCAAGGCUUCAUUCAGGCCGCUACGGAGCUCCAUCCAACUUCUCAAUCGACGAUUUUCACUCCACUUGACGAUAUUCACUUCUUCAAUCGACGGAACCAAACCGACGUCUCCACAGAAGACUCCUUCCUCGUCGUACCAAGACCCGACCUUUACAGUGAAAUCGUGAACGGUCUUCUCUGCAGCAGCUCUAACUUGAACGUUGAAAUUCCAGGACUUGAAGAGAAACCCAGGAUUAAUCGGAGAUUUGAGAGAAAACCCAUUACUCAGUCGCAGCGGUGUAAACAAUUGGAGGAUCGGAGCUAUGGCGAUGCAAGCCGGAGUUGGCUUAUCCAGUAUAUUGCUCUUAGCCGGAGAAGGUGGUGUGAAUGA